AUGCUCAAGUUCAAGAACCGAUUUAAGUGGCUGGAAAAGGACGGCUCUCGCAAGACCAUACUAGCUGAAAACGAGCUUGCCGAGUCACUCGAGAAGGUGCUGAUCACGCCCACGCAUCUGCUGCCCUCCACCUCGCAAACGGCGACUACGCCUCUGCUGCCUCGAAGUCAUCUGCCAGCAACGUCUUUGCAAGCUUCAACUCCGCAAACACUGCCACGAAAGCUGAGAGAUGAACCCGAGCUGUCGCUGCCGGGGUUGUUGACGGUGAAGGUAUACACGCUGGAGCGGGUGAAGUUACCCAUCACCAUAAACAACAACAAACAAAUUUUGGAGGCGUUGGCGGUCAAUUCCAAUAACGAGGCGGUGUCACUUAGCUUGCAAAACGCCAUCCACGGCUUGGACGAGUCACUCGCUACUCUUGACGGCCAACUAGCGCCACUGGUUAUGCCGUCGAUUAUCACCAUCCCUAAGUCCACUGUUGACAAGUCGUUGUUGUACUUGACCAUCGAAUUUGACAAUAACGUGCUCGUGAUGGAGCCAAAGAAGGGUCUGGUGGCGUCGUCGUCUUGGAAUCAGGUGGUUCUGUUUGAUGUGACAAAGAAAGUUUCACCCACUCUGACAGGCCUGAUCUUCCUCAAUCUCAACUUGUUCAUUCGUUUACCCAACAUCUUGGUACCAGCCCACGAAAAGCUGGACCAUGAACAACUAUUUACCGGCGGCAACCCGACGACAAACUCGGUGGGCGAUUUGUUGGUUGGUCUGAUCAGAUUACCGCUCAACCUCAAGUGCCACAAGCUGCCGAUCAGACUCAUGCAUCAUGAAUUCCUCAAUUUCACUCAACAAGGCGACAGCAUCUCAAUGGGUGACAUCAUGCUCACAAUCGAGUUCCAACCUCAUAUCAAAACGCCUUUACUGAUGAACGACUUCGAACUUCUCAAAGUUAUCGGUAAGGGGUCAUUUGGCAAGGUGAUGCAAGUGGUGAAGAAGGAUACCAAGCAAAUUUAUGCACUCAAAACCAUUCGUAAGCAACAUAUUGUGGCGUCAAUGGAAGUUGAUCACACUAUGGCUGAGCGGACGGUCUUAGCGCGAGUACUGAACCCGUUUAUCGUGCCGCUUAAGUUCUCAUUCCAACUGCCAGAGAAGUUGUAUCUUGUCUUGUCAUUUAUCAAUGGUGGUGAGCUCUACUUCCAUUUGCAAAAAGAAGGACGUUUCCUGAUGGAUCGGCUGCGGUUCUACAUUGCUGAGCUCCUUACCGCUUUGGAACUGUUGCAUCAAAUGAAUGUUAUUUAUCGGGAUCUCAAAUUGGAAAACAUCUUAUUGGAUUACCAAGGUCACAUUGCCUUGUGUGAUUUCGGAUUGUGCAAACUCAACAUGAAGGACAACGACAAAACCAACACAUUCUGCGGUACCCCCGAGUACUUGGCUCCUGAGUUACUCCUCAAUCAAGGCUACACUCGGAGUGUCGACUGGUGGACACUCGGUACGUUGCUUUACGAGAUGUUGACGGGGUUGCCUCCAUUCUAUGAUGAAAACAUCAAAACCAUGUAUAACAAGAUUUUGAACGACCCGCUCAAGUUCCCGCCCAUGUUAGAGCGUACCGACGCCAAAGACUUGUUGACCAAGUUGUUGCAAAAAGACCCCAAAUUGAGAUUGUCAGACGCCGCUGACAUCAAGGCUCACCCUUUCUUCAAGGACAUCGACUGGCACAAAUUGUUGUCCAAGUCAUACUUGCCGCCAUUCAAACCCAACGUUGAAAACCUUUUGGAUACUUCCAACUUUGAUCAAGACUUUACUCGUGAGAAACCUCAGGACUCGGUGGUUGAGGGUAACAUGUUGACUCAAAGUGUCCAAGAGAAGUUUGGUGGUUGGACUUACAACGGAGAAUCCGCAUUUUGA